AUGGAAAAUAUCACUACCAUCAGUUUAGACUCAGGAUUUUUAAGAGAAAACUUAUCAAUCAGAGCAGUGAAGCUUAUACUCUACGGUCUCAUUUUUAUUACCGGUAUAACAGGGAAUAUGUUGGUUUGUUUGGUCGUUUGUCGACAGCGGAAGCUUCGCACAUCAACAAACUUCUAUAUUGUGAACUUGGCGGUGGCAGAUCUUGCCGUACUAAUAUUGUGCAUACCAUUCGAUGUUACGGUUCAAGAAAACAGCUAUGUUUGGCCAUUCGGAAAGUUUCUUUGUCAUAUCAUUUAUCCUAUAAUGACAAUGUGCACGUUCGCCUCGGUGGGAACUCUCACUGCGAUCGCCUAUAACCGAUACACGGCCAUUUCACGUCCAAUGCGUGUGCAAGCGGGAAGAAAACGCGCAAAAAUUACUAUCGCGAUCAUCUGGACAGCAUCGUUAACGUUUGUUAUUCCAUACACUUCAGUUUUAAGAGUUCGUAACUCUCGCUGCGAAGAGACAUGGCCGAAGCUUUACAGCCGUACUUAUACGAUUUUUAUAUUCUUGUUUCAGUACAUUGUUCCUCUAUCAUUUAUUUCCCUGGCCUACAUGAAAAUAGCGUUGCUACUACGCAGGAAUCGAAAUCAUCUCACUGCCGCACACAGGGUGCAAGAUCGGGACGUUGCCAAAGUCGUACGGAUGAUGGCAAUUGUAGUUUUAUUAUUCGCUGUUUGUAUGCUUCCAAAUCACAUUCUCUGGCUGUUAAGAGAAUUUACCAAAGAUUUCCCAGAGUCCGGACGGAAGGUUCUCGGAUGGGGUGAAAUCCUUAUUUACGCCAACAGCUGUACAAAUCCGAUUGUUUAUAGCAUCUGUAUUGAGGAAUUUCGUCUGGCUUUCAAAGCGUAUAUCACAAAAUGUUGCCGGGUAACCGAAGAAGACAUCAGACCUGUUCGAAGAGUUUUUGAACGAAUUUCCAUCAGAGAAAGAAGUGCUUCAGCAAAUGAGAGAAUUUUUGCAAGACAUUUGAAUCGCCGUCUUAGAGGGUCACUCCAACGAAAUCAAUCGCUGCAAAGUCGUGAUAGUGUUACGAAAAUUUUCACUAGAUCAAACACUAGUCGCACACUUUUAACUGCGGAAGAUUCUCGCCCAAGUCAAGACAGAAUUCUUACACUUUUGCCAAAAACAGAGUCAGGGAGAAAUACACCUAAACAUGCAGUUAUGAACGGUAAUUCCUUCACAACAACUGCAGUUUAA